CCAUUGUAAAUAUUUAUAGACAUAUAGCAGAGAGGGCAACAUAGGGCUGAAAUUCAGGUUCCAAAUACUUGGUCGCAAAAUGACCUCAGCCACCGUCACCUCCACCUCUUCCGCCGCCACCGUGUUCAGGUCCGCCGCCGAUGCCUCCUGUCGGAAGGUUUCUCCCAUAAUCAGUGUCCAGUUUCUCCCCGCGCGGAGCGCUACUGCCUUUCUAAAGAUGAGUAGGAUGAUUAGUGAUUCUAUUCGUAACGCCACCUGUGUUUCGUAUUCAUCUAGUUCUUCCUCUUCUGUUGUUAAUGCUGCAAUGGCCACUGAGGCAUCUGCGAAAGUUAUUGAUGGAAAAUCAGUUGCCAAACAGAUAAGAGAGGAAAUAGCUGUUGAAAUAUCUAAGAUGAAGGAAUUUACAGGGGUUGUUCCUGGAUUGGCAGUAAUUCUUGUUGGAGACAGGAAAGAUUCUGCAACUUAUGUCCGCAAUAAGAAGAAAGCCUGUGAAUCUGUUGGGAUCAAGUCAUAUGAAGUCCAUUUGGCUGAAGAUGCCUCCGAGCAAGAAGUGCUCAACUAUAUCUCAAGUUACAAUGAUGAUCCUUCAGUUAAUGGCAUUCUUGUUCAGUUGCCUCUACCUUCUCAUAUAAAUGAACAAAAGGUCUUGAAUGCCGUUUCUAUUGAGAAAGAUGUUGAUGGUUUCAAUCCUCUAAAUAUUGGUCGCCUGGCCAUGAGAGAUCGAGUUCCAUUAUUUGUUCCAUGUACACCCAAAGGAUGCAUAGAGUUGUUACAUAGAUACGGUGUAGAUAUUAAGGGAAAGAGAGCUGUUGUCAUUGGGAGGAGCAACAUUGUUGGGAUGCCCGCUGCUCUUCUUUUGCAACGAGAAGAUGCUACCGUUAGCAUUGUCCAUUCAAGGACGAAAAAUCCCGAGGAGAUCACAAGAGAAGCAGACAUAUUAAUCGCUGCUGUGGGGAAGCCAAAUAUGGUGAGAGGUAGCUGGAUCAAGCCUGGCGCUGUCAUCAUCGAUGUUGGAAUAAAUCCUGUUGAGGAUGCCACAAGCCGUCAAGGUUAUCGCCUUGUUGGGGACGUAUGCUACGAGGAGGCUAGUAAGAUUGCUUCAGCUAUCACCCCAGUUCCCGGGGGAGUUGGGCCCAUGACAAUAGCAAUGCUUCUGUCGAACACCCUUGCUGCAACAAAACGAACCUACAGUUUUGAAUGACAUCUCACAGGUCAGUCAGAUAUGGUAAGGGUAACGGACACGGUAACUGUAAUGAGUCAUAUAAUAAGUAGAUUCAGUGGUGCUACCCAACAAUGUAUGUUGAAAGCAUGAAUUAGCAUUUCUGUAGGGAAAAAAAGAACAAAAGAUAUGGAGGUCUAUGAUGUUUGCUUGAACAAGAAGAUGCUCUAAGGUGUUAAAUCACUAUUGCAUAGGAUCCAUUCAUUCCA